UUGAAAUUAAUAGUAAUGUCUCCUGCUGCCGUUGCUACUUCCGGGACCGCCACUCCUGCUUCAAAACCAGAUGUCCCUAUACAUGCUGCCUCUUCUGAGUUGGCGAUGAAAUAUGAGCACGAGUACGCGGCUCACAAUUAUCAUCCGCUGCCCAUUGUCUUUUCGAAGGCCCAGGGUGUUCAUGUUUGGGAUCCCGAGGUUAGUUGAGAGAUCUUAUACUUUACCCCGCCACCCCUUGCGUGUUAAAGAGUGUUUUCGGUUGUUUUUCUGCUCUGAAUUGGAGUGUUAAUAUGUCUGAUCCUAUCCCAGGGCAAACGAUACCUUGACUUCUUGAGUGCCUACUCUGCCGUCAAUCAAGGUCAUUGUCAUCCUAAGAUUGUUGGUGCCUUGAUCACUCAAGCCCAACGACUGUGCCUCUCCUCGAGAGCUUUCCUUAAUGAUGUCUUGCCAAUGUUUUCAAAGUUCGUGACGGAGGUAUACUUCGCAGUCUUCGUUCAUCUUUCACCUCAUGUACGAGUGAUCUAAUUUGGUGUUACACAGUAUUUCGGUUACGAUAUGGUCCUUCCUAUGAACACAGGUGUUGAAGCUGUUGAAACCGGUCUCAAACUUGCUCGCAAGUGGGGCUAUCUGAAGAAGGGCAUUCCUGAGAACGAAGCAUUGAUCUUUUGUGUCUCGGACAACUUUCACGGUCGCACAUUCGCUGCCCUGUCUCUGUCAUCGGAUCCGGAGUCCCGUGACCACUAUGGCCCAUACCUUCCGAAUAUUGGCUCCACGUGCCCUAAAACUGGAAAGGUCAUCAGGUAUAACAAUGUUGCGGACAUCGAGGAGGUUCUUGAGCUGCAGGGGAAGAAGACUGCGGCUUUCCUUAUCGAGCCAAUUCAGGGCGAGGCGGGCAUUGUCGUUCCCGACGAUGACUACCUUGCCAAGGUUCAUGCUCUUUGCAGGAAACACAACGUCCUGUUAAUCUGUGAUGAGAUUCAGACUGGAAUUGCUAGAACUGGCCGCCUUCUUUGCUCUGAGCAUUCCGGUAUUCGUCCUGAUAUAGUCCUCCUUGGAAAGGCUAUUUCCGGAGGUGUCUACCCUGUCUCUGCUGUUCUUGCGGAUAAGGAUGUCAUGUUGUGUAUCCAACCCGGAACACAUGGGUCAACCUAUGGUGGCAACCCUCUCGGCUGUGCUGUUGCGAUCGCCGCCUUGGAGGUUAUUCGUGAUGAGGAUCUUACCACCAGGUCCGAGGUUCUGGGACAGAAAUUCCGUGCUGGGAUCAGUGCAAUUAAUUCACCCACCAUCAAGCUUGUUCGUGGAAAGGGGCUUUUGAACGCCGUUGUCAUCGACGAGUCCCAGACUAAUGGCCGUACCGCAUGGGACCUUUGUCUACUACUUCGUGAUAACGGGCUCCUGGCCAAGCCUACUCACCAGAACGUCAUCCGUCUUGCUCCUCCUCUUGUAAUUAGCGAGGAACAGAUUGAUGAGGCAAUUGGGAUCUUUCGAGGAUCUCUUGCGGGCUUGGUGAGUACCUCUCUACCUUUGUAUUGAAGGAUAAAUAUGUGCCCGCUCUAACAUAUCUACAACAGUCAACCUAUGUGAAAAAGGACCCCGAACAUUAACCUUUUCCUUGGUCAUGCAUACGGAGUUAAAGGGUCGCUGAGAUGUAGUUUUUUCCUCCUUCUUAGAACUGGAAAUAUUGGGAACAAAUUUUACAACUUUUCCUUCUUUUCUGGUUCCCUUAUAACUUGGGUUUUACUUGGUGGUUCUCUUUUUACUUUUUUCUCUCCCUCUUGUCUUAACAACGGUAAAUUGUUUCCGAAUUAAUACUUGAUGAUUGUGGAACGAGUUCUCUAAAGGGAGAGUGAUUUUGCGUUGUAUUCUGCGCGAGUACGACUGACGCAUGUAGCCUCACUCGAGUAUAACCCCUGCAAGUUCGCUUGCAAGAACUCCACCUACCCCACCCCACCCCACCCGCCAAUUGACUACCUCCUGCUACCGAAUGAUGAACCGCGGGCAACAAGACAUGAGAUUUCGCAAAAUCGUGCUAACUUCUAACUAUUUCAUCUAUCCAUUGACCAGUUAACCCCAAGGUCGAUUAAAUAUUUUUAGUAGGUAUGAUAAUCUUACUGCCAUUUCAUUUCAUUUCCGUUUCCAUUUCCAUUCC